AGAACAAGGUGAACAACAUCAGGACUAAGCUGGAGGAGAAGGUGGUGGAGAUGGAGAACUUUGCAGGACAUCUAGAAGAGAUCUUCCUAACUGUGGAGGUACAACAACCACUAUUACUGACACAACAACCACAGUACACACACAUAACAAAGACACAGCCACAGGUUUAUGAAACAUGGAUCUUGAGCCAACCCCGUGUGGGAGACCCUGAUCAUCACUUAAUGAAAUGGUUUCAUCUUUUUUCAGGAUAAUUUUGGUCGUCAGGAGCAGCACCUGGAGCAGCACUACAACGACGUUCUGCAGACGUUGUCCCAGCGUUACGACGAGCGAGCCGCAGCGCUGGGGGAGGAGAAGAAGAGGAGGUUGGAGGCCUUGUACACUCAGCUGCUGGGCUGCGGACGCACCCUGGAUGCAUCCAAGGACCUGAUUGAGACCGCCCAGGAACUGUACCGCACCGAGGACAAACGACUCUUUCUACAGGUCUGUUGUAGUGGGUCGUCCGAAUUAUUUUUUCAAGAUUAAAUCAUUGAAUUGCUAAUAUAACUUCAUAAUUUGAAAUAACUUGUACGUUUAUGAUAACUUUGUUUGCUAUGAGUUAUGUUAUACACUCAGUAGUCAGUUUAUUAAUUUUUUAUUUUGCUGGACCCCAGGAAGAGUAGCUGUAAUGGGGAUCCAUAAUAAAUACAAAUACAAAUACAAAUACCAGGCUCAAAUUCGCUUAGAUCACUCAUUUUGCCCAUUCUAACGUUCAAUCGAACAGUAACUGAAUGCCUCGAUGCCUGCUUUAAAUAGCAAGCCGCGUGACUCACUGUCUGUAGGAGGGAACCAUUUUCGUGAACGGGGUGGUGUACCUAAUAAACGGUGUAUAUUCUGUGGUCUUUGUGAUGUUUUAAUCUGGCAGUUAAAGGUUUUAUGAACCUUAAAAUGUUAAUGACCACUGGAGGAGUUGACUUUUGAUGUUGUGAACUUUCCAUUGACAGGCUGUUAUGCCCACCAUGAAGAGGUGAGGUACUGAAAGGAGACUAACACUACAACAGAACUAUACCAUACUAAACUAUACUAAACUAUACUAUACUAUACUAUACUAUACUAUACCGUAAGGAGACUAACAUUGCUAGCCUGAGAGUAUAACAUAACUAGCCUGGUCCCAGAUCCAUUUUAGCCUGGUUUUAUCUGUUUGUGCUCUUGCCAACGUGCUAGAUCCAUUUGUGCUAUCUUACCAUUGUUGCAUGACCAUGACCACAGGAGUUGGCAAGGCACAAACAGAUCUGGCACCAGGCUAUAACAGAACAAUUAUACGUGUCUGUUUAUAAUGGCAUGGUAGUGCAGUGAGUCUGGUUAAUAACAGUGUCAUCCAGUGAUUUGCAGUGAACCGUGUAACAGCCUGAUUAGGAGUGUUUCAUGAGGAUAAUAUAUCUGUUUAUGUUUGAUGUCAUCAACGCUCAUUCAUUUACAUUUUUUACAGUUAAGUCAUUUAGCAGACGCUCUUAUCCAGAGCGACUUACAGUUAGUGAGUGCAUACAUUAUCAUACUGGAGGCCUUGUACAGUCUGUGUUCUGAAACCAAAAUAGUUUCCGAUCCUAAUUAGCCAACUAAUUCAACUAAUUCAAAUUAAGCAGUAUAAUUAAUGUGUUUGAUGUUGAAGAGGGUUUGUUGACAUAGCUUAUGUUUUGACUAGCAUGAUGGCGCAUGAUGCUACAUCCAAUGUUCAUUUCAGUGUAGUUUUAGGGAGGCUCUGUUCAGAAGGUUGCGACGUUACAAAACAUUUGGAUAGAAAUCCAUUUUGUAGAACAGGUAUGCUUUUUCGUUGUGUAGAAUUGGACAUCGUGUCAGCUCUAUUCAUUCCAUUUCUAUAUGCAACGUUCUGAACGUUUCAUCUCAUUGAAUACAAGUCUGUUUGCUGACAGGUGUUUGUUUGUCAAAUCACAAUCAAGGAGUUUGCUGACUUGGGUGUGUUUGUCCAAUCAGAAUCAAGGUUUUUGCUGAUUGAUGUUUUGUUUGCCUAAUCAGAAUUGAGGAGUUUGCGAAGGAGAAGCCUGACCUGACGCUGGUGACCACUCUGGAGUUUGACAGGCCCCUCGCCAACCUGUCAGACGUCAAGACCAUGAUGGACUCCAUCAACAUCGUACCAGGUCUGAUCAAUCAAUCAAUCAACCCAUCCUUCUAUCCACCCACCCAUCCAUCCACCACAGGAGGUUGGUGGCACCUUAAUUGGGAGGAUGGGCUUGUGGUAAUGGCUGGAGCGGAAUCAGUGGAAUGGUAGCAAAUAUUUCAAACACGUGGUUUCCAUGGUUUCCAUUCCAUUCUCUCUGUUCCAGCCAAUAUUAUGAGCCGUCCUCCCCUCAGCAGCCUCCACUGCCAUCCAUCCACCCAUCCAUCCAUCCAUCCAUCCACCCACCCACCCACCCACCCACCCAUCCAUCCAUCCACCCACCCACCCACCCACCCACACACCCAUCCAUCCAUCCAUCCAUCCAUCCAUCCAUCCACCCACCCACCCACCCAUCCAUCCAUCCAUCCACCCACCCACCCACCCACCCACCCAUCCAUCCAUCCAUCAAUUUGAUUAAUAAGUUAGUCCAAGGGCCAGCUAUCUAAACUUGUAGUAAUCAUGGUUGAAUUUCCGACCGGGGGGCCCCCAUUGAUUUUGUUAGUCACUCUCACACAGGUAUCAUAUUAAACACUGCAAACAUUUCUCUCCACCCUAUGGCAAAAUGAGUAGAAUUGCAUGAAAUGUGUUAUAAAAUUGCUAAAUCUUCUCUCCACCCAUGGUAAAAUGUGUAGAUCUGCAACAUUCUUGCUUUAAGACUAACACAUUUUCUCUACGCCCCAUGGCAAAAUGUGUAGAAUUGCAGGAAAUUAACUCUAAAACUUUUCCUCUCCACUGUCAAGAGCGGGGCUGCUAAAAUGUUUUGCUCGCAAGGUGGGGGUAUGGAUGUGGGUACGCAGACCCGCGAGCCACUGCAGGCCCCCGAUGAGUUCAGAUGUUUUGUGGCCCCCACCCCAAUCAAAGUUGCCCAUCCCUGAUUUAGACCAUGAGUAUGAGUUUGGAACAGAAUAGAGCAGAGCCCCGGAGAAAUCAUUCCAGACUCCAACCUGUACGUCUAUAUAUAUAUAUAUAUAUAUAUAUAUAUAUAUAUAUAUAUAUAUGUGGAGGUUCGCUAGGGGAGUUUGGUUGCUUAGAAACAAACGACUUCGAUGCAAAGUGAUUUCAUUUCUCGGAGUAUUUAAUUACAUAGGGCCACUGGAGUGACGAGUCAGGAACUUUUGAGUGAUGCUUUCAUUCUGCUAAAGUUUGACUGAGUCAAUGGCUGUGUCCCAAAUGUCACCCUAUUCCCUAUGUAGUGCACUGCUAUACACUACGUUGGACCAGAGCCUAUUUGUCAAAAGCAGUGCACUACAUAGGGAAUAGGGUGCCAUUUGGAACACAGACAAUCUCCAUACUGCUUCUGUCGCUAAUGAUUGUAGAGGUUGGCUGUGAUGUCAGUCUGUUAUGCUGUGACGUCAGUCUGUUAAGAAGAUUAUGGCUGUGACGUCAGUUGUCUGAAGAGAGAUUAUGGUGAUAUCAGUCGUCUGAAGAGUAUGGCUGUGACGUCAGUCUGUCUGAAGAGAGAUAUGGCUGUAGUGGAGGAUUUGGGCAGUGUUGAAGAGAGUUAUGGCUGUGAUUCGUCUGUUCUGAAGAGAGAUUAUGGCUGUGACGUCAGUCUGUCUGAGAGAGAUUAGGCGUGAUUCAGUCGUCUGAAAGAUGGCUGUGAAGUCAGUCUGUCUGAAGAGAGAUUAUGCUGUGACGUCAGUCUGUCUGAAGAGAGAAGUUAUGGCUGUGAUAUCAGUCUGUCUGAAGAAGAUUAGUCUUUGAGGUGUGUCGUAUCAGUGUCGAAGAAGAUUAUUCGUAGUCAGUCUGUUGAGAGAAGAGAGAUUAUGCUGUGAUUUCAGUCUGUCUGAAGAGAGAUUAUGGCCUUGUGACGUCCGUCUGUCUGAAGAGAUGAAGAUUUAUGGCUGUGAGUACCAGUCUGUCUGAAGAGAGAUUAUGCUGGUGACGUCAGGUCUGUAUGAAGAUAGAUUAUGUCUGUGAUGUCAGUCUGUCUGAAGAGAGAUAUGCUGUGAUGUCAGUCUGUCUGAAGAUUAGAUUUGUGUGUGAUGUCAGUUGUCUGAUAUAGAUAUGGCUGUGAUGUCGUCUGUCUGAAGAUAGAUUAUGGCUGUGAUGUUCAGUUGUCUGAAGAUAGAUUAUGUUCUGUGAUGUCAGUCUGUCUGAAAAGAGAUUAUGGCCUGUGAUACAGUCUGUCUGAAGAGAGAUUAUGGCCUGUGAUAUUUCCGUCUGGAUGAAGAGAGAUUAUGGCUGUGAUUUCAGUCUGUCUGGCUGAAGAGAGAUUAUGGCAUGUGAUAUCAGUCGGUCUGAAGAGGGAUUAUGGCUGUGAUUAUCAGUGUGUCUGAAGAGAGAUUAUGGCUGUGAUUAUCAGUCUGUCUGAAGAGAUAUUAUGUCUGUGAUGUCAGUCUGUCUGAAGAGAGAUUAUGUAUGUGAUGUCAGUCUGUCUGAAGAGAGAUUAUGUCUGUGAUGUCAGUCUGUCUGAAGAUAGAUUAUGGCUGUAAUGUCAGUCUGUCUGAAGAUAGAUUAUGGCUGUAAUGUCAGUCUGUCUGAAGAGAGAUUAUGGCUGUGAUGUCAGUCUGUCUGAAGAGAGAUUAUGUCUGUGAUGUCAGUCUGUCUGAAAAUAGAUUAUGGCUGUAAUGUCAGUCUGUCUGAAGAUAGAUUAUGUCUGUGAUGUCAGUCUGUCUGAAGAUAGAUUAUGUCUGUGAUGUCAGUCUGUCUGAAGAGAGAUUAUGUCUGUGAUGUCAGUCUGUCUGAAGAUAGAUUAUGUCUGUGAUGUCAGUCUGUCUGAAGAUAGAUUAUGUCUGUGAUGUCAGUCUGUCUGAAGAGAGAUAAUGGCUGUGAUGUCAGUAGAUACUGAGUUGUAGAACGAUGCUGGUUGUGUAACGUCUGCCUGACUGACUGAAUGUAGAGUCUGCAUCCCAAAUGGUCGUCACAGACAGACUCUAGUCUGUCUCAAAUGACACCCUAUCCCUAUAUAGUGCACUACCUUUGACCAGGGCCCGUAGGGAUCUAGUCCAAAGUACUGCACUACAGGGAAUAGGGUGUCAUUUGGGAUGCAGACUCUACAUUCAGUCAGUCAGGCAGCUGUGAUUCACUUGGUGACUCACCUCAGACAGCUUUGUUUGGUUUCUCAGAAUCUCUGAUUCCACAGAAGGGGACACACUUGAGAGAAGUAAAAAAAAAUAUAUAUAUAUAAAUUGGAAUAAAAUGGUCUUAAUAAUGUCCUUUGUGUUUAAAAUUGGCUGUAGGGAGAGCGCAGUGUGAAAAUCAAUAACUCAUCAAUGAAAUCGAGACGUAGUAUUAUGUUGUCACAGUCACUUAGAAAAAGUGGCAAGACCAUGAAACAAACCUCUGUGGAGAUUCUUUUUCAAGUAAUGAUGAUGAUGAUGCAGCAUUGUGGCGAUCCUCUGAGUGUUACAAGCCACGUUACAAUUCCCACUAAAUGGGUUAACCCUAUCGGUGCGACGCGUAGGUUUUUUUUGCCUUUCACUCCAGCGACCCGGGUUCGAUUCCCUGUCCCGCCAUUCGCUACAGUAUGUAUGGGGCGGCAGGUAGCUUAGUGGUUAAGAGCGUUGUGCCAGUAACCGAAAGGUCGCUGGUUCUAAUCCCCGAGCUGACUAGGUGAAAAAAUCUGUCGAUGUGCCCUUGAGCAAGGCACUUAACCCUAAUUGCUCCUGUAAGUCGCUCUGGAUAAGAGCGUCUGCUAAAUGACUAAAAUGUACAAAUGUAAAUGUAAAAAUAAAACAUCAAUGCAGUACAACCUAAUUCACAUAAAGGUGUUCCUCUCUCCUUGUGAUGUCACCAUCAUGGUUAUGGUUUUCAUCUUGAUGUGAUAUCAUGUGAUUGUAAUGUGAUGUGAUAUCAUGUGAUUGUAAUGUGAUGUGAUAUCAUGUGAUUGUAAUGUGAUGUGAUAUCAUGUGAUUGUGAUGUGAUUGUAAUGUGAUUCCAGCCCCAUCUGCCCCGGUCAUCAACCCCCAGGUGUCUAACUCGGCCACGCCGACUUCUCUGCGUGUGUGUUGGAGCCUGUUCUCAGACGACUCUGUGGAGUACUAUGAGCUCUACUACAGACCUGUCCUGGAGGACACACCGGCUGCAGACAGCACCAAGGGACCUGACGGUAGCAACUAGUACAACCAGAACCAGUAGAACAUAGAAUCAGAACAUAGAAUCAGGACAGAGAAUCAGAACAUAAAAUCAGGACAUAGAAUCAGAACAUAGAAUCAGAACAUAGAAUCAGGACAUAGAAUCUGAACAUAGAAUCAGGACAUAGAAUCAGAACAUAAAAUCUGAACAUAAAAUCAGGACAUAGAAUCAGAACAAAAGACCAGAACAUAGAAUCAGGACACGGAAUCAGAACAUAGAACCAGAACAUAGAAUCUGAACAUAGAAUCUGAAAAUAGAAUCAGUAUUCAGAACCUGUAAAACAUAGAAUCAGAUCAUAGAAUCAGAACAUAGAAUCAGAACAUAACAUAGACAGACAUUCCAGUUCAAUGUUUCAUGACAUUAUGGACCAACAUGGAGACAAUAUAUUGGGUGUACUAUUUGGAAUGUUCAAUCUCUCUCUGAGGGGAUUAAUUGAAUCGAAUCGAAUCAACUCUUCCCCUAUGAGGGAGUUUAUGGUUACUUUACUUAAAACCAACAGGUAUAACGCUUUAAUAAUGCUUUAUAAUGCAUUGCUAUAAUGUUCUAAAUGAUUUAACUGAGUUGUCUCUCCUCCUCAGUGUCUAAUGUGAAGGUGAAGGAAACCCACUGUAGUGUAGGAGAGCUGCUGCCUAACACGCAGUAUGAGUUGUGGGUCACAGCUACCAACACCACAGGCAUCAGCCCUGCCAGUGAGAAGGCUGUCUACAUGACAGGUGAAACCAUGGACCUGUUACAGGGAACACUAGAUGGCUUGUAACACCACUUUCAAACUGACAAACAUGAACCAACCCAGUGUUUUUCAAUAGGAAUGUGUCAGAGGAAAGCACAACUGAAUGGGUUGCACUAUUUUAAUGUUGUGCUCUCUCUCUCUCUCUCUCUCUCUCUCUCUCUCUCUCUCUCUCUCUCUCUCUCUCUCUCUCUCUCUCUCUCUCUCUCUCUAACCCCCACGUAUCUCCCUCUGUCUCUCUCCCUCCUCUCCUCCCCCUCCAGUCCCCUCUCCACCAUUCAUCAGACAGAGGGAGUGCAGCAGUUGUCCGGAAGCCGCUCUGAUUCGCUGGGAGUCAAGAAACACCAACCCAGUGGACUCCUACACCGUAGAGCUGAUUGAGACAGGCACUGAUGGACAGAGUGGGGUCACUGAGUAAGAAACAGACACAUGCACUUGCACACCCCCACACACGCACAUACGCCUGCAAGCACACACACACAUAAACACACACACAUAAACACACACACACAUAAACACACACACAUGAACACACACACAUAAACACACACACAUAAACACACACACAUAAACACACACACAUAAACACACACACAUAAACACACACACAAAAACACACACACAUAAACACACACACAUAAACACACACACACAUGAACACACACACAUAAACACACACACACACACAUGAACACACACACACACAUAAACACACACACAUAAACACACACACACAUAAACACACACACACAAAAACACACACACAUAAACACACACACAUAAACACACACACACUAACUCAUUAAUCCUGAAGCAACAUAAAAGAAACUAAUCCACUUCACUAAUAACUAAACAUGAAAAAGUUGACUUGUAACUUUCCUGAUCUAAUUGAGUUCUCCUGAAGGUCUGUAAUUUGUGAUUGAGUUUCUCCCUCCCAUGGUCUAUGUAAUGUGAUUGGUUCUCCUGCAGGUCUGUAAUGUGAUGGUUUUCCUGGUCUUAAUGUGAUUGGUUCUCCCUGCAGGUCUGUAAUGUGAUUGGUUCUCCAUGCAGGUCUGUAAUGUGAUUGGUUCUCCCUCCUGGUCUAUAAUGUGAUUGGUUCUCCCUCCUGGUCUAUAAUGUGAUUGGUUCUCCCUGCAGGUCUGUAAUGUGAUUGGUUCUCCCUGCAGGUCUGUAAUGUGAUUGGUUCUCCCUGCAGGUCUGUAAUGUGAUUGGUUCUCCCUGCAGGUCCAUCGUGGCUGUUCCUACCUGUGAGAGUCUGAUUCAGCUGCAGUCAGGAAGACAGUACCUCAUCUACGUCAGAGCUGUCAACAUCGGAGGACCCAGUGAAAGGAGCGAGGCUUUUACCGUCUCUACAACAGGUGACAGGAGAGACCCCAUGUACUGAAGCUGUAGCAUGUAUAGUUGUCAAAUAUUAUUCUGUCUCUUAGCACAUGUAUAGUUGUCAAGACCAGUGAGGUUGUUACUGUGUUUUAUAGUUGUCAAGACCAGUGAGGUUGUUACUGUGUUGUAUAGUUGUCAAGACCAGUGAGGUUGUUACUGUGUUUUAUAGUUGUCAAGACCAGUGAGGUUGUUACUGUGUUGUAUAGUUGUCAAGACCAGUGAGGUUGUUACUGUGUUUUAUAGUUGUCAAGACCAGUGAGGUUGUUACUGUGUUUUAUAGUUGUCAAGACCAGACAGUGAGGUUGUUAGUGUGUUUUAUAGUUGUCAAGACCAGACAGUGAGGUUGUUACUGUGUUUUAUAGUUGUCAAGACCAGACAGUGAGGUUGUUACUGUGUUUUAUAGUUGUCAAGACCAGACAGUGAGGUUGCUACUGUGUUUUAUAGUUGUCAAGACCAGACAGUGAGGUUGUUACUGUGUUUUAUAGUUGUCAAGACCAGUGAGGUUGUUACUGUGUUUUAUAGUUGUCAAGACCAGACAGUGAGGCUGUUACUGUGUUUUAUAGUUGUCAAGACCAGUGAGGUUGUUACUGUGUUUUAUAGUUGUCAAGACCAGACAGUGAGGUUGCUACUGUGUUUUAUAGUUGUCAAGACCAGACAGUGAGGUUGUUACUGUGUUUUAUAGUUGUCAAGACCAGUGAGGUUGUUACUGUGUUUUAUAGUUGUCAAGACCAGACAGUGAGGUUGUUAGUGUGUUUUAUAGUUGGCAAGACCAGACAGUGUGGUUGUUACUGUGUUUUAUAGUUGUCAAGACCAGACAGUGAGGUUGUUACUGUGUUUUAUAGUUGUCAAGACCAGACAGUGAGGUUGUUACUGUGUUUUAUAGUUGUCAAGACCAGACAGUGAGGUUGUUACUGUGUUUUAUAGUUGUCAAGACCAGACAGUGUGGUUGUUACUGUGUUUUAUAGUUGUCAAGACCAGACAGUGAGGUUGUUACUGUGUUUUAUAGUUGUCAAGACCAGACAGUGAGGUUGUUAGUGUGUUUUAUAGUUGUCAAGACCAGACAGUGAGGUUGUUACUGUGUUUUAUAGUUGUCAAGACCAGACAGUGAGGCUGUUACUGUGUUUUAUAGUUGUCAAGACCAGACAGUGAGGUUGUUACUGUGUUUUAUAGUUGUCAAGACCAGACAGUGAGGUUGUUACUGUGUUUUAUAGUUGUCAAGACCAGACAGUGAGGUUGCUACUGUGUUUUAUAGUUGUCAAGACCAGACAGUGAGGUUGUUACUGUGUUUUAUAGUUGUCAAGACCAGACAGUGAGGUUGUUACUGUGUUUUAUAGUUGUCAAGACCAGACAGUGAGGUUGCUACUGUGUUUUAUAGUUGUCAAGACCAGACAGUGAGGUUGCUACUGUGUUUUAUAGUUGUCAAGACCAGUGAGGUUGUUACUGUGUUUUAUAGUUGUCAAGACCAGACAGUGAGGUUGUUACUGUGUUUUAUAGUUGUCAAGACCAGACAGUGAGGUUGUUACUGUGUUUUAUAGUUGUCAAGACCAGACAGUGAGGUUGUUACUGUGUUUUAUAGUUGUCAAGACCAGACAGUGAGGUUGCUACUGUGUUUUAUAGUUGUCAAGACCAGUGAGGUUGUUACUGUGUUUUAUAGUUGUCAAGACCAGACAGUGAGGUUGUUACUGUGUUUUAUAGUUGUCAAGACCAGUGAGGUUGUUACUGUGUUUUAUAGUUGUCAAGACCAGACAGUGAGGUUGUUACUGUGUUUUAUAGUUGUCAAGACCAGACAGUGUGGUUGUUAGUGUGUUUUAUAGUUGUCAAGACCAGACAGUGAGGUUGUUAGUGUGUCUUAUAGUUGUCAAGACCAGACAGUGAGGUUGUUACUGUGUUUUAUAGUUGUCAAGACCAGACAGUGAGGUUGUUAGUGUGUUUUAUAGUUGUCAAGACCAGACAGUGAGGUUGUUACUGUGUUUUAUAGUUGUCAAGACCAGACAGUGAGGUUGUUACUGUGUUUUAUAGUUGUCAAGACCAGACAGUGAGGUUGUUACUGUGUUUUAUAGUUGGCAAGACCAGACAGUGAGGCUGUUACUGUGUUUUAUAGUUGUCAAGACCAGACAGUGAGGUUGUUACUGUGUUUUAUAGUUGUCAAGACCAGUGAAGUUGUUACUGUGUUUUAUAGUUGUCAAGACCAGACAGUGAGGUUGUUACUGUGUUUUAUAGUUGUCAAGACCAGUGAAGUUGUUACUGUGUUUUAUAGUUGUCAAGACCAGACAGUGAGGUUGUUACUGUGUUUAUAGUUGUCAAGACCAGACAGUGAGGGUUGCUACUGUGUUUUAUAGUUGUCAAGACCAGACAGUGAGGUUGUUACUGUGUUUUAUAGUUGUCAAGACCAGACAGUGAGGUUGUUAGUGUGUUUUAUAGUUGUCAAGACCAGACAGUGAGGUUGUUACUGUGUUUUAUAGUUGUCAAGACCAGACAGUGAGGUUGUUACUGUGUUUUAUAGUUGUCAAGACCAGACAGUGAGGUUGCUACUGUGUUUUAUAGUUGUCAAGACCAGACAGUGAGGUUGUUACUGUGUUUUAUAGUUGUCAAGACCAGACAGUGAGGUUGUUACUGUGUUUUAUAGUUGUCAAGACCAGUGAGGUUGUUACUGUGUUUUAUAGUUGUCAAGACCAGACAGUGAGGUUGUUACUGUGUUUUAUAGUUGUCAAGACCAGACAGUGAGGUUGUUACUGUGUUUUAUAGUUGCAAGACCCAGACAGUGAGGUUGUUACUGUGUUUUAUAGUUGUCAAGACCAGACAGGAGGCUGUUACUGUGUUUUAUAGUUGUCAAGACCAGACAGGAGGUUGUAGUGUGUUUUAUAGUUGUCAAGACCAGACAGUGAGGUUGGUUAGUGUGUUUUAUAGUGUCAAGACCAGGACAGUGAGGUUGUUACUGUGUUUUUAUAGUUGUCAAGACCAGACAGUGAGGUUUGUUACUGUGUUUUAUAGUUGUCAAGACCAGGAUACCAGUGGAGUUUUUAGUUCAACCACAGUGUUUUGUUUUAUAGUUGUCAAGACCAGACAGUGAGGUUGUUACUGUGUUUUAUAGUUGUCAAGACCAGACAGUGAGGCUUGUUACUGUGUUUUAUAGUUGUCAAGACCAGACAGUGAGGUUGCUACUGUGUUUUAUAGUUGUCAAGACCAGACAGUGAGGUUGUUACUGUGUUUUAUAGUUGUCAAGACCAGUGAGGUUGUUACUGUGUUUUAUAGUUGUCAAGACCAGACAGUGAGGUUGUUAGUGUGUUUUAUAGUUGUCAAGACCAGACAGUGAGGUUGUUACUGUGUUUUAUAGUUGUCAAGACCAGACAGUGAGGUUGUUACUGUGUUUUAUAGUUGUCAAGACCAGACAGUGAGGUUGUUACUGUGUUUUAUAGUUGUCAAGACCAGACAGUGAGGUUGUUACUGUGUUUUAUAGUUGUCAAGACCAGACAGUGAGGUUGUUACUGUGUUUUAUAGUUGUCAAGACCAGACAGUGAGGUUGUUACUGUGUUUUAUAGUUGUCAAGACCAGACAGUGAGGUUGUUACUGUGUUUUAUAGUUGUCAAGACCAGACAGUGAGGUUGUUACUGUGUUUUAUAGUUGUCAAGACCAGACAGUGAGGUUGUUACUGUGUUUUAUAGUUGUCAAGACCAGACAGUGAGGUUGUUACUGUGUUUUAUAGUUGUCAAGACCAGACAGUGAGGUUGUUACUGUGUUUUAUAGUUGUCAAGACCAGUGAGGUUGUUACUGUGUUUUAUAGUUGUCAAGACCAGACAGUGAGGUUGUUACUGUGUUUUAUAGUUGUCAAGACCAGACAGUGAGGUUGUUACUGUGUUUUAUAGUUGUCAAGACCAGACAGUGAGGUUGUUACUGUGUUUUAUAGUUGGCAAGACCAGUGAGGCUGUUACUGUGUUUUAUAGUUGUCAAGACCAGACAGUGAGGUUGUUAGUGUGUUUUAUAGUUGUCAAGACCAGACAGUGAGGUUGUUACUGUGUUUUAUAGUUGUCAAGACCAGACAGUGAGGUUGUUACUGUGUUUUAUAGUUGGCAAGACCAGACAGUGUGGUUGUUACUGUGUUUUAUAGUUGUCAAGACCAGACAGUGAGGUUGCUACUGUGUUUUAUAGUUGUCAAGACCAGUGAGGUGUUACUGUGUUUUAUAGUUGUCAAGACCAGACAGUGAGGUUGUUACUGUGUUUUAUAGUUGUCAAGACCAACAGUGAGGCUGUUACUGUGUUUUAUAGUUGUCAAGACCAGACAGUGAGGUUGUUAGUGUGUUUUAUAGUUGUCAAGACCAGACAGUGAGGUUGUUACUGUGUUUUAUAGUUGUCAAGACCAGACAGUGAGGUUGCUACUGUGUUUUAUAGUUGUCAAGACCAGACAGUGAGGUUGUUACUGUGUUUUAUAGUUGUCAAGACCAGACAGUGAGGUUGCUACUGUGUUUUAUAGUUGUCAAGACCAGACAGUGAGGUUGCUACUGUGUUUUAUAGUUGUCAAGACCAGACAGUGAGGUUGUUACUGUGUUUUAUAGUUGUCAAGACCAGACAGUGAGGUUGUUACUGUGUUUUAUAGUUGUCAAGACCAGACAGUGAGGUUGUUACUGUGUUUUAUAGUUGUCAAGACCAGACAGUGAGGUUGUUACUGUGUUUUAUAGUUGUCAAGAUCAGACAGUGAGGCUGUUACUGUGUUUUAUAGUUGUCAAGACCAGACAGUGAGGUUGUUAGUGUGUUUUAUAGUUGUCAAGACCAGACAGUGAGGUUGUUACUGUGUUUUAUAGUUGUCAAGACCAGACAGUGUGGUUGUUACUGUGUUUUAUAGUUGUCAAGACCAGACAGUGAGGUUGUUACUGUGUUUUAUAGUUGUCAAGACCAGACAGUGAGGUUGUUACUGUGUUUUAUAGUUGUCAAGACCAGACAGUGAGGUUGUUACUGUGUUUUAUAGUUGGCAAGACCAGACAGUGAGGUUGUUACUGUGUUUUAUAGUUGUCAAGACCAGACAGUGACGUUGUUACUGUGUUUUAUAGUUGUCAAGACCAGACAGUGAGGCUGUUACUGUGUGUGUGCAGGAACCAUCUUCCACCUGCAGCAGGACACAGCCCACCCCUGUCUGUCCAUCUCUGAGGACGGCUUCUCCAUGUUCUACGGAGAUGAGGAGCUCCCGCUCUCCGCCAUGACCUUCGACGACAACACCUUCGCCAGGUAGACAAACCAACCAGGCGGUUUACACCUGCUGUACAGCUAAUGGAGAUCUGCUAAUGACGUGGAUAUUUACUGGAUACAUUUGUGUAAUAACAAUAGCUUUCUUUUAUAUAGCAUCUUUCAAAAUUUAAACAUCUGAAAAUGUGAGUGUACUCAUCCCAUGAUAGUGUGGUGUGUGUGUAGGUGUGUGUAGUGUGUAUGUUCUCCUCACUCUGAUAUUGUGUAUAUUGUGUGUGUGUGUGUGUGUGUUUGGUCCAGGUGUGUAGCUGUGUUAGGGGACCUGAUCCCUGUGCGAGGCAGACAUUACUGGGAGGUGGAGGUGGAGGAGGACACAGAGUACAGGAUUGGAGUGGCCUAUGAAGAUACUCAGAGAAACUCCUACCUGGGAGGAACAAACACGUCCUGGUGCAUGAGACAUGUCCUCACUCCCUCCAGGUGAGAAUCCCCUAACCCUAGCUUAAUGUCCACAUCCCUGUUCAACCCUAACCUCAACCCGUCCAGGGGAGAAUCCCUAACGCUAACCUAGCUAUCACUAACUGUUACCUGGAAGGAAACAACAUGUCCCCCCUCCCUCCCUCCAGGUAACGCUAACCUAACCCCUUACCCUCUAACCUAGCUAUCACUAACUGUUACCUGGAAGGAAACAACAUGUCCUCCCUUCCUCCCUCCAGGUAACGCUAACCUAACCCCUAACCCAGCUAUCACUAACUGUUACCUGGAAGGAAACAACAUGUCCUCCCUUCCUUCCUCCAGGUAACGCUAACCUAACCCCUAACCCUCUAACCUAGCUAUCACUAACUGUUAGCUGGAAGGAAACAACAUGUCCUCCCUUCCUCCCUCCAGGUAACAGACUGCUGUGAUAGGUUACACAAGUGUUUCUCAACCCCCCCACACAAUCACAUCUAAAUAACCUAAUGGAGGUCCAGAGAAGCAGUUGAUAGUUGAAUCCAGUGUGUGAGUGCUGGUUUGGAAGUCUUGCCCUGCACAGACUGAGGCCUCCUACACACUACAAUCACAACAAGGAAAAGGGAACAUUUAGAAAGUCCUCAAACAGGACCUGUCAGCCUACUACUGGGCAGACAGAGUUGGUAAACACUGUUCUAGAGGGCCGACUCCUGGCCUUGCUUUAAAUUCAGCUGACACACCACUACCACUGCAUGGCUUCCCAGAGGGAAAUGGAUGCUCGAUCUUCCCAGAGGGUCCACCACUACCACACACUGUCUGAAAAGUAGGCCAGCCAAGGAGAUUUUUGCUCAUUAAAAUAGCUCUCCCCUUCCUAAAGCGCUUGGCUUGCUUCUUCUCACAUUUCGCCUCCUAAACCUUUUCUGAGGCAGAAGUGACAAGUCAAGUUUUUUUUAUUUUAUUCCUGUGAAAAAAGCCCAUGGAAUACCAUUCACCUUAUAGCGGCUGUUGCCAUAGCAACUAUGCUAAUCCUGGCACUAAACAGGACAGUGGAACUGUCACUUUACUAGGAGAUCAUUCACUGAGACAUCUCAACAUGAAACACCACCACCUCAGAGAGAGAGAGAGAGAGAGAGAGAAUACCCACUGCCUACGCAGAACCUGACAAUACACACUUCUCAUAUCCCCUGCUAAUCCUCUCUUUGGCAGUGACAGGUUUAUUUUUUUGGGGGCACAGUGUUUGGUUGAGUAUCUACGUACUGUAUCCCCAUGGCACUGUUAGUUUAAGCUACUGGUGCGACGCCAUUUUGGAUUUGAUUCCUGCAUCAAGGGCCUCAUAUACUGUAACACUAAGGUCCGGUUUCAUAAGGUUGAUCUGGGACCAGGAAAAACCUAAGGUUUCGUUUCCCUGACAGAGAUUAAGACUAGUCCUGGACUAAAAAGGUUAUUUCAAGGGAGAUUCUCAAUUGAUAAUGACGUUUUGUCCAGGACUAGUCUAAUCUGUGUCCGGGAAACCGUCCCGAAGUCUUUUAACUGUAUGUCACUUUAAAGCGUCUGCUAAAAAUGAUUGUAUUUACAUUUACAUUUGUCAUUUAGCAGACGCUCUUAUCCAGAGCGACUUACAAAUUGGUGCAUUCAACUUAGGAUAGCCAGUGGGACAACCACCACUGGAGGAGGGGGGGUGUAGAAGGAUUACUUAUAUUAUCCCAACACAGACAUACCACGUCUGUAGGCUACAUAUUAUGAAUUAGUUAAGUUUAAGUCACAAUAGAUGGAAUGUGCUUAAUGACAUCAGUCUCCCCCUUCCUCCCCUCCCCUCCAUUCCAUUCCAUCUCCAUCUAGACGCAAGUACGACUUCCUGACACAUUCUUCUCCUUCAAUAUCAUGUGCACUCAGUGGCCAGUUUAUUAGGUACCACCCAUCUAGUACCGGGUCAGACCCUUUGCCUCCAGAACAGCCUGAAUUCUUCGGGGCAUGGCAUUCAAUCGUUGCUCAAUUGGUAUCAAGGGACCUAAUGUGUGCCAGGAAAACAUUCCCCACACCAUUACACCACCAGCCUGCACCGUUGACACCAGGCAGGAUGGGUCCAUGGACUCAUGCUGCUUACGCCAAAUCCUGACUCUGCCAUCAGCAUGAUGCAACAGGAACUGGGAUUCGUCGGACCAGGCAAUGUUUUUCCACUCCUCUAUUGUCCAGUGUUGGUGAUGGCAUGCCCACUGGAGCCGCUGCUUCUUGUUUUUAGCUGAUGAGAGUGAAACCCGGUGUGGUCGUCUGCUGCAAAAGCCCAUCCAUGACAAGGAUCGACGAGUUGUGUGUUCCAAAAUGCCGUUCUGCACACCACUGUUGUGCUGCGCCGUUAUUUGUCUGUUUGUGGCCCUCCUGUUAGCUGGCACAAUUCUUGCCAUUCUCCUUCGACCUCUCAUCAACAAGCUGUUUUUUUUGUUGUUGCACCAUUCUGGGUAAACGCUACACGUGCGUGUAAAGCCCAGGAGGCCUGCUGUUUCUGAGGUACUGGAUCUGGCGUGCCUGGGAACCGACGAUCAUGCCACGCUUAAAGUCGCAUAGGUCACUCGUUUUGCCCAUUCUAACGUUCAAUGGAACAGUAACUGAAUGCCUUCGGCGCCUGCUUUAUUAUAGCAAGCCACGGCCACGUGACUCACUGUCUGUAGGAGCGAUCCAUUUUCAUGAACGGGGUGGUGCACCUAAUAAACUGUUUAUAUAGAAGGAUAUGAUGUGUAACAAGUCACAUAGAACCAUCAUUUUCUAAAUUACAUCAUUACUUCCAUUCUGUUUUCCCCUCCAUUCUGUCUCCCCUCCCUCCUCCAUUUUGUCUCCCCUCCCUCUAGACACAAGUACGAGUUCCUCCACAGCGGCUGGAGCCCAGACAUCCGGAUAACGGUGAACCCAGUGAGGAUAGGGCUCAGUCUGAACUAUGAGAGAGGGAUCCUGUCCUUCUUCAACGUAGACCUGGAACAACACCUCCACUCCUUCUACUGUAGCUUCCUACACUACGUUCAUCCCUGCUUUGCUCUGGACAACCCCGGGGCGCUCACUGUUCGCAAUGGGGUAGCGGCACCGGAGUACGUCCACUUGGUCUGAGCUUACCUACCAUGAUGCACAUUAAACACAAGUAUACAGAAUACAGGUGUAUUGUCCAUGGAAAGGUCUUUCUGUUGUAUGUUUUUUUAAUUUCAACCCUCUGAAAAACACUGCAUGGUAGCGCCAAAUUAUACCACAAAAACAUGAUUUUACCCUUUUGUGUAAGUGGGUGAACAACCACAUCUGAACAAAAACAUUUAUUUCAGUGGUUUAGACCAGGGUUUCCCAAACUCGGAGUACCACAACACUGCUAGACU